GCAUAACCUACGGAAAUUGUCAAUUUCUUUUUUUCCUCCCACUUAGUAAAUCGGACUACAUGUCACCGUAAAUAUGGGUCCUGAGUUCAUCUGAUUUAUUUCGCAGAGUAUCGGGGAGCUCUGUACCAUUAGCCGCCACUACCCGUCGCACUCCAUGCGCUGCUUCUCGUGCUUCUACAGGUGCUUCGGACGCGACGAAUCGCUGUCCACGCCCAAGGGCGAUGCGCCCACCACCGUCACAGCCACCACCGUGGUGGAAGAAACGUCCGUCGCUGCUUCACCGCAAGGCAAAGGGAAAGUGACGGACUCGUACACCUUGGGCAAAGUCAUCGGCUCUGGGUCAUACUCGGUCGUGCGCGAGAGUGUCCACAAGAAGAGCAAGCACAAGUUCGCCAUCAAGUGCAUUAAGCGCUCGGAGCUCUCGACCGAGGACGACGAAGCCAUUCAAUUCGAGGUUUCCAUCCUCCAACAGAUGAAGCACCCGCACAUUAUGACUCUUGAGGAGUUUUUCGUCGAGCCCGACUACUACUACCUCGUCACGGAGUUCGUGGGAGGUGGCGAACUCUUCGACCGCAUCGUGGAGAAAACGUUUUACACGGAAAAAGAGGCGCGCGACCUCGUCAAGAUCCUCAUCGACGCCAUCAAGUACUGCCACGACCAGAACGUCGUGCACCGAGACCUCAAACCCGAGAACCUACUGCUCAUGUCAGCAGACGACGACGCCAGUAUUAAGCUGGCGGACUUUGGCUUUGCCAAGACAGUGACCAAAGACGAUUCCGGGCUCGUGACCACGUGUGGCACACCUGGAUACGUGGCUCCCGAGAUCUUGGAAGGCGCGUCGUACGGCAAGCCCGUUGAUAUCUGGAGUAUCGGCGUCAUCACGUACAUUUUGCUCUGUGGUUACCCUCCUUUCCACGACGACUCGCAGCCUGUUCUGUUCAAGAAGAUCCGGAAGGGUAAAUACUACUUCGACUCGCCGUAUUGGGACAAUGUAUCCACUGACGCCAAGGAGUUUAUCUCCAAGAUGUUGGUGGUUAACCCCAAAGAUCGCGCCUCGGCUGGAGAAUUGCUGGAGCACAAGUGGAUCACCGGAACGGACGUGGCCACUGUGCCACUGACCAGCGCACUGACCGAACUGAGACGCUUCCAUGCGCGCAAGAAGUUCAAAGCGGCCGUGCAUUCCGUGCAGGCCACGAUCAGCAUGAACAAGGCAAUGUCGGGCCUGGGUACGUCCGCCAGGUACAGCAACUCGGCAGUGUCUCUCUAGAUCGUAGCAUUGAUGACUUCUUGACGUACAUUUUACGCUUAAGUUGCUGCAAGUUGCACACAAAUUUAUUCGCGUCAGUUUGGAUUUGCCUCAACUCGUUUUCGCUUUGUUGCCAGUGAGAUGCAGAGCGUCCAGCAGAUUUUCCCUGAACGAGCCGAGUUUGUACGGGUUAAAGUUGACGUCUUCCACUGAGAAACUCUCUUCGGUGUUCAUGAUGGAGUCGGGAGAGAAAAGACCGCCCCAAGACGCAUCUAACGUUUUUUUCUGCUCGCGACGUGGCACCGUUAACUUCGGGCGCUUGCGGAAGUUCAGGCGCUUGAAGAGGAAACGGAACAUCCGGCGUCCGGACGUCUCUCCGUCGAGUUCUGCUUCUUCACGCAGGUCUUCACGCUUGAAUGAUUCGUUCGCUGUUUCGUUCUGUGCGAUGCGUUUUAGUUGCAUUAAGAUGAAAACCCAGAGGAUGAUACUGAUCAGGAGACACAUAGCGGUGACGAAGCCCAGGGCUUGGUUAUUCUGUAGAUUCGUGAAGGUUAGAUCUAUUCCUUUGUGCAGGUCGCAACGAAGAGCAUACACGUACUGCAAUGAAUGACUGCAUGAUUUUAGCAGUCUCCGCUCUGCCGACCUGUUCCAUUGUUACACCGCGAGCAUGAAAGAGAUCAUCGGUCUGUGGUGUAGUCAUCAUAAAGUGGCAUUAGUAUUCCGGAUCAUUUCGAUAAUAAUAGCCGAAAGUACCUGGGUGAAGAACACACUGGUUGAGACGAAGAAGCCCUCAAGACAAACAGCUAGCUGGACCUAGGAUGAAACAGUGGAAGCAAGUAUUGAGUACGAGAUUGUAUUGUAUCUGAAUCAUUGCGAACUUACCAGCAAAUACGUCAGGAAG